CAAACCAUAGAAAUGUUUGGAGAAAGGUCACCAUAGUUCUAUCAAUGGCCGAGAUCUCUGAUAUUACUACUCAGACUCCAAACACCGUCUCGGACAUCGAAGAUGGUCAAUCCGCUAAUCAUUCCCUGUCACAGGACGUCUCCGGUCCUCUUGUAUCCGUAUCGUUCGUUCAAAAGUUGAUUGGAGAGUUCGUAGGGACAUUCUCUAUGAUAUUUGCCGGCUGCUCGGCCAUCGUUGUGAAUGAGACGUACGGCAAACCAGUGACACUUCCCGGUAUAGCUUUGGUAUGGGGACUAACCGUAACGAUUAUGAUAUACUCAAUUGGUCAUGUCUCCGGUGCACAUUUCAACCCUGCUGUUUCUAUUGCCUUUGCCUCUUCUAAAAAGUUCCCUUUUAAUCAGGUUCCCGGGUAUAUAGCCGCUCAAGUGCUUGGAUCGACCUUAGCUGCCGCAGCUUUACGGCUUGUGUUCCAUCUGAACGACAACGUUUGUAGCCUCAAAGGCGAUGUUUAUGUCGGAACAUAUCCAUCAAACUCAACCACGACAUCGUUCGUAAUGGAGUUCAUUACUACUUUCAAUCUAAUGUUCGUUAUAUCAGCUGUUGCUACUGAUAAACGAGCCACCGGGUCAUUCGCGGGAAUCGCGAUUGGUGCGACCGUAGUACUCGAUAUCCUUUUCUCCGGGCCAAUAUCGGGAGCAUCUAUGAAUCCAGCAAGAAGCUUGGGGCCUGCACUUAUAUGGGGAUGUUAUAAGGACUUAUGGUUAUACAUAGUUUCACCGGUGAUCGGGGCGUUAUCAGGUGCAUGGACUUAUGAUUUGUUACGUUCCACAAAGAAAUCAUAUAGUGACAUUAUUCGUCCAAAUUGCAAUAAAGUUUCUUCGAGAGAUCGCCAAGAAGCUUGUCAAGAUGAGAUUUGUUUUCUACGAGUGGUUGAUCAGGCUAACCACAAGUAUUUUAUAUGUUCAUCACCUACUGACAUUGACAUCAAUGAGAAAUGUAAUGUUACAUGUAAGUUGGCGUGAGAGAUUGAUGUACGACUAUAUAUACCCUCCACGCUAAUCUAAUACCCAUGUUACACAUUCGGGUUUUGAUCUCUAACUAUGUUUGUUGGUGUUUUGAUUGUCUGCGAUAAAUGAUAAGGAUUAAAAAUCAAGAACGUUAAAGAGUA